AUGGUGUGCGAUCACCUUCUGGAGUCGGCCAGGGCAGAUAGACUGCUUGUGUCAGCGUCUUCUGACAACAGAGUGCUGGGUUCGUCAGUCGAAUGGCCACUGCUUCGGCUGUGGCUAGCAUCCGUUUGCGCAGGCCUAUAGAGUAGUGUGCCGGUGCCCGGUAGAUAACGUUAAAAGCUUCUUUUGCCUCGGUUUGAUGGUUCGUAUCGAUUAGAUGUGCGAGAAUUGAACUCGAAAUCGAUCGAUGUUCACCUCUACCUAGCCAUACUGACGCACUGAGACCAGUUACAUGCACUCACAGCGCCUACAAUCCAACCGGAACCCCUCUACUUCCCCCCCUCCCACUCCAACUCCUUCCCCCCCCCUCCCACCCCAACUCCAUCGUCCUCAACACGCUGACUCCGUCAUGCGGGCGGCGUGAGAACAUGGAGUCCGAUUAACUCUUCCCUGAGACACAUUUAUACCCUGUCAACAAUUAGACUGAUCACUUCCCUUGUAAAUGUGCAGGCCUGAUGAGAAUUUACCGAAAACAUAUGUUAGCCAAUUGACUUUUCAAUCGUGAAAUGGGAAUUUUCGCAUUACUGAUAUUUCACUUGAAAUAAUUACGGAAGCACAAUUUCUGAACAAGAAAAGGACAUUUCAUUGAAGGAUGUAGGGGAGCGAACAAAAUACGCCACGUUAAAGACGUCAAAAAUUCUCUAAUCAGCUUACGUUAUCAGGUUUCAUGAGAUUGGUCACGUACUGUAAAUCACACGAAUUUUCCUUAUCUUGGCCUUCACUUGACCGAUCUCUGGCAGCGUAAUUGGAAACGACCGCGUAGAAAUCCUGUCAUAUUAAAUGAGACUGGUUGGCAACGGCUGAUAAGCCAGAAAUGGCCGUCCCAGUCGCCCUUAUCUUUGUCGAUACGCCUGCGUAACUAUUUGUUGCAAUGCGACUCCCUGGGAGGGCCCUCGAUUUAGUCCCAAAGCUCGACGGCACGAACCUGUCCCUUAACCUGAUCGGUGGGCGCCAUACUAUCAUAAUUAGUAUUCCCGUUCACAACCGAUAGGACAAUGGGCUCGUAGCCCAGUAGCAGGUUGUUAUACUCAACGACCUACGAUCCCGGGUCGAAUCUAAGCUGAUCCACACCUGGGGCUGGGUAUGUCUGGCCGACGACGGCUAAUAAGCCAUAUAUGCAGAAUUGCAUUUCCGACAAAAGAAAGGAGGACUGGGAUGGUCAUUUCUGGCCUAUUAGCCGUCGUCAGGCGGCCAUACCCAAUCCCGAGGUGUGGAACGCCGGGGUUCGGCCCCGCGACCUGUUGGCUAGAAGUCGAACAUCACUAACCACAGAGCCACGGGGUCGUUCUCCUGUCGGUUGUGAUCGGGUAUAUGCAACGGUGGAGGGGGCGCGCACUGGUCGCGGUACGGAGCCCACUCGUCCGUUGUGCCUGGCCAGAUAUGGCCAUCCCCGUCUUCCUUGUUUUUAUCGGUGUCCCGUUAUCAACAUGUACUAUUAAUUGCCAUGCGACUCCCUGGUCGGCGCAUGUACUUCCGUUCNAUCUAAAGUACUCCUUAAGACUAAAAAGGCACGUGUGCGAUCUCCAAAUAGUUAUUUACCACUUCCAGUGUUUACCGCCCUUCAAUUCCAUGUAAACCGACUUUGCUCUGUCAUCGGUAGUUGAAAUUGCGGUCCCUGUGCCUCGUUCUGGCGUUUGAGAGCUUCACGCCUCCCUCUCUGACCUCCAACGGUUUAAGUGGACUCCAGUGCAUAGUGGGAAGCGAAAGCGUCGGAGAUCCCGACGAUUAGUUGUUUAGUAGCCACCAAGACUCGUGUUCAUUACUUCUACUGUCCUUAUCAACACCCAUGUAAGCAUUACCAUUGUCAACAUGUAUCGCGGAGAUUCAAGCUGCCUACUAUUCCUGCAUCAAAAGCGACUUUGACCGCCGCUGCUUCGGACGAACGGUUGUUAGUAUCUGACAAGAAACCAUGCGUGCGCUUGGAGGAAGUCUUGAUGAAAGUUGUUGUUGAUAAACAGUAAAUUGCUUCCGCUGGCCGCAAUCGUCCCCGGCAGGUUUGACCAAAGUUGAGCCAUGCAGCAGUUUUAUAGAGGGAUAAUUUCUUGCAGCUCCUGGCUUUCAAAAUGGAUGUCUCCAUUCAAUUCUCCGGCACACCAGUUUUUGAUCCCAAGAUUGUGCUGCACGACAGGGCAAGAUUCAUCAGAUGGCAGGCAAAGUUUGCUAUGUCAUGACAUCGUUGUCAAUACGGCCUCAUGAGCAAUCGAUUGUGAAAAUAGGUAUGCGGCCACGCCUGGAGGUAGUACCGAUGAAGGCUCCAGGGAGUUUGUUCCAGGCAGUCGGCAAUCAUUGGUGACGCGCACACAAAUUGGGUGGCCACUGGUUGGGCACGAGAGAGAGCCCGUAAGGCACAAUGAGACGAGUGAGUUCCAAAAAACGAUUGGUGAGCGCCCCUCCACCACUGUACAUUCCCGAUCGCAACUGACAGAACAACGGGCCCGUGGUUCAGUGGUUAGAGGCGUUGGACUUCUAACUAACAGGUCGCGGGAUCGAACCUCAGGUGCCCCACACUUCGGGGUUGGGUAUGACUGGCUGACGACGGCUAAUAAGCCAAAAAGUGACGAUUCCAGUCUCCCUUGUCUUUGUCGGUAAUAACAUACUACGGGGAGCGUUUUACAGUGUUUUAUAACAGAUGCAGCUCAGUGCAGGCUACUCCCUACUCGCCACUCAGAUGUCCGGACCAUGCUGCCUGCUGCAUUGACGCCAGUGCCUCAGAGCUAGAAGGCGUCCUUUGAGACCGCCUAGAAUUUCCAAAUGAAAGAAGUUUUUGAAGGUCUCAGCAUCAUACACAGUCUUCAUAGGGCGUUUGGCAGACUUACCGAGCACGAAAAGACCAAUCGCCGAGAAAGUUCCCACCACGAAACACGCGGGACGAAACAAUACUCCCCACUCCAUUUAGAAUUCUGACUACCAGAUCCCUUGCUGUUUUCCACCCAUAGUUCGGAAGCAUGCUUGCCCCCUUCCCGUGUCAUUUAUCAAAGCUGACCAGUUAACUUCACCACCAGCCGUCUUGAUAAACGGCCCCACACAUCUGAUUACUCGACUUACCCACAAUUGACUUUAUUUUUUUUAAUUAAAAAAAGACAAAUUCUGGCCGCGGUCAAUAGCAGUGUCUCAGGUCACUAUUCUUGACGUCAAUAAGAAGGACCAGAGCGUCCAUUAUGUUGUGCAGGAUAUAACUUCCACACCUUGUGAACUACAUGCUAAAGCCUAAGUUCGGAAUGCCAGUCAACUGGGAUAACGAAGAAAUCGGUUACUUUUGGACCUGAUCGUGAUUUUGCCCACUUUGGGCCUUGCUAACACCCGGUAAGAGUCGUCAAAAACUGCUUCGAACUUGUAAGAGACGGCUAAGCAUCUGGUUUGAACAGUGUCAAGGGCCAGCUGCUACAAAAACAAUCCGGAUCCGUCCGUCUACGUUAGCCUGAAGGGACAUGGCCUCGUGGAGACUUUUUUGAUUAGAGGGACAACAAAAGCGAACGCGAACUUUCUAGUUUCGAAAACUGGUGGGUUUUUUUGUAAGGAGCUGAUAUAAAGCCAAGGCCCGGCGGCUUAUCUGCUUUUUGCCCCAAGCUAGUUGUGUCUACAAAAUCGCGUUUUCCAACUGUGCGUCUGCGUGUUACUGCCAUUACCCAGAGGCAAACAAAAGAUACGGGAAGCGUUCAGCAGCAGCCAACUGUAGGCCAUUUAACAUUACUUAGUGAUUUUGACAAGUUUUCACUCGCCUUCCCCUUCGUCUUAGGUGAUCGUAGAUACACAAUGUAAACACCGUCCCCCAGUGCCGCUCUUCCUUCGUCGAAUUCCCGUUCUAGUGACUCUGGGAUUGGCCUCUGACACUAAAAUUAUCCUCCAAGACCCGACAAAGCGCGAGGAAGCCAUCCUUACCGGUGGGCGUGUGAUGGUGGGUCUUACUUCACACGGCGAACUCUGUUGCCUCCAUACUUCCGGGCUCAGCACUCCCAUCAGACCCGACAGUCUCUCGCGGUAGGUUCUGUAGCACCCUAUAUACAGCCUGCCAGCUGCCUGCACGAUCAUGCUUUAUCGGACGAACGAUGCGUGUAUUUUCCGCGCUAACAAGUGUCUUCUGCUGUCUCUUUCCCAGGUGCAUCCUUCUGGCCAACUCCCGAGCUCGUUCCCUCGUUACUCUGGUGCAUCGGGUGCUAGAUGGCUUGGAACGACAACGACAGGCCAGACAGGCCGCCUCUUCCGCCCGUCAGGCCGACCUUGAGCGCGCCAAACAGGUGGCGGAAGAUGCGCCACUCGUGCUCUCCUCAGCCUCCUUCCUGCCUGGUGGCGAGAAUGCACCCGUAGAGGAGUUAGCACUGGAGGAGGGCGAAUUGGGACCCCUCUCUGCCGAUGAAAGUGACAUGGACAUUUCCAGCGGUAGCGAGGAGGGGUCUGCCCCUGCGGCUCCACGCGACCCUUACGGCGUCAUCGAACUCUCAAGCCUGGUGCCGGAUGAGAAUCAGUCUAGUAAUCGUCCGGCGGAGGAUAGCAGCCUCGUUGCGAACUGGCCCAAUCUCCCAUACAUGGAGUCCGAUGCCGCAGUCUUAUCGCAUAACUUGCCCGGCGGGCGAAAAUGGACAGCAAGGUCCUUCCCGCAACCAGAGAAAUCGGCUGUGUUACGGAGGGUCGCGGGGGCGGAGGAAGAGGAGGAGGAGGAGGAGGAGGAAAGUACUGCUGUUGUUCAUCUCUUGUAG